AUGUCAGAAACAAACAUACCUAUAGCAGUCAUCGGUCUAGCUUGUCGAUUUCCUGGGGGUAUUCAUGAUGCCGAAAGUCUUUGGGAAGUUCUCAUUCAGGGAAAAAGUACCUGGUCUGAUAUCCCGGCGGAUCGUUACGACUGGAGAUCAUUUUAUCACCCUACACGUGGAUCCAGAUCCGCUCAUUCUGCUCGUGGAGGAUAUUUCUUGAACUCUAAUAUUGCCGAGUUUGACGCCAACUUCUUUGGAAUUUCUCCACUCGAGGCUGUGGCUAUAGAUCCACAACAACGUAUUCUUCUCGAAGUAACAUAUGAAGCGAUGGAAAACGCGGGAAUAUCGAUUGACUCAAUCAAAGGUUCUAAUACGGGUGUAUACGUUGCGACUUUUACACAUGACUAUGAGAAUAUGAUGUAUCAUGAUUCGCUAUCUCUACCAAAAUAUGGCAUGACAGGGGUUGGAACAGCCAUUGCCUCCAAUCGGAUAUCAUAUUUUUUGGAUCUUAGGGGUCCCUCAAUGUCUCUAGAUACUGGCUGCUCUGGAAGUCUCGUUGCCUUACAUCAAGCAUGCCAGAGCUUACGUUGCGGAGAGACAAACACAAGUUUUGUUGGUGGCACGAAUCUCAUUCUUAGUCCUGACACCAUGAUACCUAUGGAUAAUCUUCAUCUCUUGGAUAAAACUGGCACUUGCUAUCCCUUUGACAGUAGGGGAUCUGGCUAUGGACGCGGUGAAGGUGCAGCGUUAGUCAUCCUGAAACGUCUAGAUGAUGCUUUGAGUGCAGGCGAUUCAAUAAGAGCAAUCAUUCGCAAUACUGCCAUCGGACAAGACGGAAAAACACCUGGCAUCACUUUUCCGAAUGGAGAUGCACAAGAGUCUCUGAUACGAUCAGUCUACCAGGCUGUAUCGUUGAAUCCUUCCCAUACUGGAUACGUGGAAGCUCAUGGAACCGGCACUGUGGCAGGAGAUGUCACUGAGAUACAGGCUCUUGGUAGAGUAUUUCGUGAAAACAGAUGGAGUGAUGAACCGCUUUAUGUUGGUUCGAUUAAAGGGAAUAUCGGCCAUCUUGAGAGCGCGAGCGGACUUGCGGGGUUAAUCAAGGUUAUUUUAAUGCUGGAGAAAGGAGUAAUUCCUGCUACACCAGGAUUUGAAGCCCCCAAAGAUGGAUUGGAUCUUUCAAAAUGGAAUAUAAAGAUUCCUCAAUCGCCACAUAAUUGGCCAAAUGAUCUUCCACGAAGGGCAAGCUUGAAUUCCUUUGGGUAUGGCGGUGCGAACGCUCAUGCAAUCAUUGAAGCCGCUUCGCUAGAUCACAUCGGAACUAAUGGCACCGUCUCUGUCAAACACCAUUCAGAUUAUUGGAGUAAAGUAUUGGAGAGAAUUAGUAUUUCUAAAGCCUUUACCAAUGGAACUUCUGAUGGAACUUUAAACGGGCCUAUAAACGGUAUCUCGUACAAACGCAAGACCAGGGACCAACUUUAUCAGAUCUUUCCACUCACGGCCAAAUCCGAAGAAAUUUUGGGAUUGGUGGCCAAGAAUUUGAGAGAUUGGACAAGCAAACAUCAGAGUUCAGAUCGUUAUACAGCAAAUUUGGCCCAUACUUUGACACGCCGGGGAUCACACAUGCCCUGGCAUUGCACGCUAGUUGCAUCCGGACCUAAACAACUUAUAUCCAAGUUAGAAGCAAAGGAAUUGAAGCCCACACGGAUAUCCAACAAAACAAAAAUGAUUUAUAUUUUUACCGGCCAAGGAUCACAAUGGCAUGGUAUGGCGAGAGAACUCAUGGAUUCUUCAACUGAAUUUUGUGAAUCACUGAAAGCCUCAGAGAGAAUAUUGAAAUUUCUAGGGUGUUCUUGGAGCCUUGUUGAAGAACUCGGUCGAAAACAGAGCACCACCAGAAUUGAUGAAAGCACCGUCUCCCAGCCAUUAACGACUUCCAUUCAAAUUGCUUUAGUGCAGCUGCUCCGUAGCCUUAAUGUCACACCUGACAGAGUCUUGGGACAUUCUAGUGGUGAGCUCGCUGCCGCAUAUGCGGCAGGUUAUUUGAGUCACGAAUUGGCAAUGAAGCUGUCAUACUAUCGUGGCCUUCUGGGAAGCUACUGCAAGAGAGCGCUAGGUAUGAAUGGAUCAAUGCUGGUGGUAGGAUUGGGUGGUGAUGAGAUAAUGGCCUACCUGAAGCGCAUAAAAUCUGGCCGUGUUUCUAUCGCAUGCUGCAACAGCCCCUCUAACACUACAAUCUCGGGCGAUGAACAUGCUAUUGAUGAAUUAAGUCGGAUCCUCCAGAAAUUUGGCAUACCCUCGCAAAAGCUCAGAGUAGACACAGCUUAUCACUCUCACCAUAUGGAAGUAGUUGCUGAAGAUUACCUAAGAAGUAUCGGAGACUCUCAAUAUUCAAACUCCAGCACUUCAACAUUUUUCCAUUCUUCGGUUACGGGCAAGAGGAAACAAACGGACUUUGACGCUACCUACUGGACACGAAAUCUUGUAUCAAAAGUAUUGUUCGUUCAGGCUUUGCAAGGGCUAUUGGAGCAAGUAGAUACAGAAAUACACUCUGAAGCAACUUCUUCUUCGUGCAUCAUCCUAGAAGUUGGACCGUCUAAUGCACUCAACUUCCCUAUCAAGCAAGGACUUACGCAUAAGCAACUAGACACGAAUCGAUACACUUACAUGUCCACAUUAAGAAAAGACUGUGACGCACAGCUUACCUUUCUCCAAGUUGUUUCUAAACUCUUCGACAAAGGUUAUCCGGUGGAUAUUGCUAGCGCCAACAGACUAAAUCAAUCCACCCAUCGAGCUCGGCUCUCUGUUUUGACAGAUUUACCAACGUACCCCUGGGAUCAUGCUGUAUCAUAUUGGCAUGAGUCACAAAUAAGUAAGGAACAUCGUCUACGCACUCAUCCCUAUCACGAUUUACUAGGCAUUCGAAUACCAGGGAGUCCAAACAUUCAACCAAGAUGGCGUCAUGUUCUGAACAUCGAAAGUUUUCCUUGGUUACAAGAUCAUGUUGUGGAUGGUAGACUCGUUUUCCCUGGCUCCGGGUAUCUAGCCAUGGCAAUAGAAGCGAAGCGCCAGUUACUGCAGGACAUUGAGCCUCACAAAAGCAUUCGCAACUACAUCCUCAAAGAUGUUAUCUUCUCGACAUUUCUCGAAAUUCAGGACCCAGCCGAAAACAUCGAGGUCCAAUUAAGUUUGAUUGAUCUUAUCACCUCUAAUAAAAGUAGGAUUGAAGAAUGGCAAGAAUUCCGUAUUAUUUCGAUACCAAAAUCUGGUGUCACCACGGAGAAUUGCAAAGGCAUGAUUAAGAUAGAGUUUGCUGGCACUCUCAAUAGAUCUGAAGAUGACACUUUUUCGCAUGAUUUGAGACGAGAACAAGACCAUGUGAAUAGGACUGCUGAAGAACGUCUCGUUGCGUUCGAAAAUAAGUCGUAUCACAAACUCGACACUGAAAGUUUUUACCGACGGCUUCAAUUGACUGGAAACUACUGGGGACCAAGUUUUGCGGCAAUUACGGAGUUUACGCUUGGAGAUUCCAAUGCUAUUGGUACGAUCACAAUACCGAACGUUGAAAAGUCCAUGCCUGGAAAAUAUAUGCAACCGCAUAUUAUCCACCCUACUACACUCGAUGCUCUGAUUCACUCAAGCCUUGUUCUAUUUUCACAACACUAUGGCUCGGGUAUUAUGAUUCCUAUUGGCAUAGAAGAAGUCGUUAUAUCGGCAGAUGUGUCGAAGAGUCCCGGACAACAACUUUCAUUUAUGACAUGCUUAACGUCGACAACCUCAACCUCUACUUCAGCGGAUAUUUCUGCCUUCCAGGAGACGCCAUUAGGGAAGAGGGUUUCAUGUGUGCAAAUUAGAGCAGCUGGGCUUCGAAGGGCGGUUCAGUCGGAAUCUGGUUCCAUCAUUUUCGAUCCAUCACUCUGUUACCAUCUGAAGUGGGGAAUAGACCUAGAUUACUCUCAGCCUGAGCUUCAUGAAGAAAAUGAACAAUACAAGAGCUAUGAAUUCCCGCCAGAGACCAAGCUAAGCAUGUUGAAUGAUCAAGCAUAUUGUUAUGUUCAUGAAUGCCUGAAUAACAUUCACGAGAAGGAUGUUAGAGGCAAAUAUGCGGAGUACUACCAAUGGAUGUUAAAAUACAAGAGCUCCAGGACUAUUUCAGCACGUCCCAAGAUUUCUGAACUUCCUUCGAGUGAUAUACAUAAUCUUGGGGUGGAAGGAGAUGCUGUAAGCCAUAUCGGCACGAAUCUCAUGUCGAUCCUAGUAGGCAAAAUUGAUCCGCUUCAACUUCUUCUGGAGAAUAAUCUUCUACGACGGAUAUAUGCGGAAAGUACGGCGGCAUUACAAUGCUACCGAUUCCUCAUUACUUAUGUCAAGAAUCUUACUUUCAUGAACCCAAAUAUGAGAAUUUUAGAGGUUGGCGCUGGUACUGCAGGGGCAACAAUGCCUCUGUUCGAAGGACUAGAUGAAGACGGAAAACUUCCCCUCAGACAGUACGACUUUACAGAUGUAUCAACUGGAUUUCUCGACGAUGCUAGACCUUUGCUUCAAAAAUGGGAAGGACAAUUGUUUUUCAAAACGUUCGACUGCAGCAAGAAUCCCACAAGGCAGGGGCUUGAUGCUGGGACGUACGAUUUGAUUAUAGCAUACAAUGCUAUGCAUGCUGCUAACUCCAUUGAUGAGUCAAUCACAAACGUGAGAAAGUUGCUGAAAACAGGCGGCAGGCUGAUACUCAUCGAGAUUACUCGACUCGAGCCUUUUAUCAAUGCCAUAUUUGGCUUGCUUCCGGGGUGGUACAUGGAUCGAGCAGACGGUCGAGAGGGUACUCCCAUCUUAUCGACUGAACAAUGGAAUUCUCGACUCAUAAACGGCGGAUUUAAUGGCUGCGAGUUCAUCAAGCAUGAUAUAGACGGACCAAGUAAGACAACGUCAUUGAUUGUAUCAAGAGCCGUCUCAUUGGCCCAAGAGAAGACGAUAAGUCGCCCAUCAUAUUUAGUCCAUGACAACAGUCAGGCUGUCCGAAGUCUUCUUGGACAGAAGAUCCAAAAGCUUUCUUUUCGAUCCUCCAGACCACAAUCGCCUUCAGGAGACACCAAUAAGGAGUCUGUGUAUGUCAUCAUAGAUGAUGCUCUUUGUAAUUCGAUACUGAACUCUUCAUCCGAAGUAAUUGGUAGCGUGUUAAACGUCGCCGCAAAAGCAAAGAAUAUUCUCUGGAUUAUCACACCUAGGUACCCACCAACACUUUCCAGUGAGUUUUCUGGCCUUGCUACAGGGUUCGCACGUGGAGCUCGCGUUGAGAACCAAGCGCUCAAUCUCGUUACACUUGAUAUCCAGGGGGAUUCUAUUGACUUCGAUGACCUCAACCGAAAAAUCGACGACAUAUUCAAUGCGUCUUUUCUUCGGAGAAACUCUUGUAUUGAUACGGAUUAUAUAUAUAGAGAUGGGAAAGUUCUCAUUCCUCGAUUGCAACCAAACAGAAGCUCUCAAUCGGUAGCACUCUCUUGCGCGACCACCAAAUCAGUACUCUACCAUCAGAGCAGACAAAUUAUUCAACCGCUACGAGACAGAGGCCCUAACAGUAGUGCUUUUGAUUUUACCACAGUCAACUUACCAGAGACUCUAUUGAGCCCAGGUGAUAUUGAGGUCAAGGUAGAAGCGUGGAGUGUAUCGACAGAAGACCUUUUGACUACUUUUGGCCAUGCACGGCCAAAAUCUUCAAAAUCAAUCGUCGGUGGGUUUGCUGGAACUGUAAUUGACAUUGGCCAGCAAGUUUAUUGGAAAGUUGGAGACCGAGUUUGCGGCUGGUCAAGAGCUGUUUUCGCCAACAGCGUCAGAGUAAAUUCCGGUCAGGUGUGUCAGUAUUCAAAAUCGUUGACCAUAGGAGAAGCUGCAUGUAUGCCAACUUCAUUUUUGACAGCCUUCUAUGCCUUGGUCGAAGUUGCAAAAAUCAGACAGGGGCAGACUGUCGUUAUUCAUGAUGCAGGGGCCUCUGUUGGCCAGGCUGCUAUUCAGGUUUCGAAGCAUAUCGGGGCCAACGUGAUUGCGGUUAUCACCAGAGGAGAACAUCAACAGAUCCUAAUAGACAACUACAAGUUAUCCACGGAUAGAAUCCUAUACCCAUGCGACAGUAGAGCUUUCGAAUCGGCCAUUCAGUGCCUCACAAGUAAUGGUGGAGCGCAUCUUGUCCUCCAUUCGUCCUCGAGCGACAUACAAUUUAUAAGCGGGAGUAUGGCCUCCUUAGCGCGCUUCGGUACCUUUGUUCAAAUCGGUAACAUUGAUAGCUCAUCGAAACUAUCAAUUGGCGCAGAAAUAUUCGAGAAAAACGUCUCUGUUGUUUCGCUGGAUCUAGCGGCCACAUCUGAGCUACAGCCCGAAAAAAUGACGGAGCUUAUGGGGCAUGUCAAUUUAAUGUUCGAAAAGCAUAACCCACAGCCAAUUAGGCCAGUUGUCACAAUGGACAUUGGAGAUUUUGAGAAUGCCGUCAAGCGAAUCCAACAGGGGGGUCUUACCGGGCAGGUAGUCUUCAAAGCAAGUGACACUGCAACAGUGAAUCUAGUCUCGAUCCCCCCUCCGUUGAUAUUUAACAGUGACGGCACGUAUAUAGUCGUUGGGAAUUCCACUAUCUUGAGCAUGGAUAUGUAUAAGUUCCUCCUGAUGCAUGAGGCAAAGAAUGUCUUGGUACUAUUCACGGGAACUUUGGAAGAAAGGAUCAAAAUUGAGAGGAGACUAACCCCCCAGGAAGAAACCAAAGUUAGACUUGUCUCAUCAGUUGACGAUCUCUCGGCCAAGUUAAUUGAUCUUCCUUCAAUAAGAGGCAUAAUAUAUACCGAAUUCGUUUCAACAAUUCACCCGAUCACCGCAGACGAUACAGCAGCCUAUGUAAAGAGAGAUUUCGACUACAUCAAUACCUUGAUGUCGUGCUUAAAAUCAGAAAUCUUGGAUUUUCUCGUCAUAAUCUCCAGCUCCUUGAUUCUUCCUAGAGCAAGAAAUCGAUCCAUCGAGUGUGCUAUACCGGCCUCCAGACAAGCUUUGUUAGCAUCAGGCCUCGGAUCGAGAACGAAGCUCAUUCACGUAGAUAUGGCUAAUUUAUCACCUAUAUCCGAAAGUUAUCAGUCCGAACAGGAAGAGUUGUCUCUUGGCCGUAGCACCUACUCUCAUCGGGAAAUCUUUGCAAUUUUAGAGUCCGAAAUCAGUUCAACUAAAGACAAUCAAGGCUUUUCUCAGAUACUUACUGGGCUUCGAGAAUCGACGUUGAAUGGAAAAUACAAGCUUCCACUUUAUUCGCCUUUACUAAAAUAUUUACCCGAAAUUUGGAGGCAAGAAGAGUCUCUCAUGGACGUUGCUAUCGAUGUAUCUACACCCGGAACUAUCGACGAGAACCUAGCAGAUGCCAAGACCGAAGUACAUGCACACAAAAUUGUGAAGCUAGCAGUACAAAAAAAGAUAGCUUCUAUGAUGGCCGUUCACUAUGAUCUAAUUGAUAUGAAAAUGGCCAUUGAAGACUUUGGUCUGGAUUCGCUGAUCACUUUCACAUUCAGAAAUUGGAUAUUUCAAAACUUCCGUGCCGAUUUGAAUGUUGGUGUUAUUUUCUCUGCCUCGAGUAUUGAUACUCUCGCGUAUAGGAUACUAUCCGUCACGACUAUCAAGAGUUUCUCUAGCCAAAAUCAAUCCAAUGGAAACACGCGUGGAAAUGUUGUAGAGCCAAUUAUCUCAUUCCCCAUGGAAUAUGCAAACUCUCACACGGAUCUGAUCCCCAAGCAGCCCUUGCCCGCAUUGGAGGACUGCCUCCGACAUUAUUUGGAUGUCGCUCGUCGUUUCUGCUCCAUCGAAGAACUGGCUAGAACCAAGCAGUUAGUGGAAGAGCUCGAAAAAAUUGGCGGUCAAGGACAAAUAUUACAGGCUCGUCUGCUCGAACGGAAGAACGACCCAUCGAUCGACAACUGGUUGUCUGAAAUUUAUCUUACUCGAAGGUUUUUACAGCAACGCGAGCCUCUAGUAGCAACUCAAAGCUACUUUGGAACCCACCCAAAUGGUUUAAAACCUCAUACUCAGGCAGAGAGAGCAACAAUUGUUACCCUCGCAGCUUUAAAGUUCAAGAAAUGUUACGAAUCUGGAUCUUUACCCAAGAGAGAAUUACACGGGCGAUCUAUCGAUACACAUGCAUAUCGAUAUCUCUUUAAUGUCUGUCGAGAGCCACACAUUGGCGAAGAUAUCGUCCGCGAGUACCCCAGUGAAAACUACAUUGUCGUUUUGAACAAUGGGCAUGGAUAUAAGAUUAACCUCGCUGGAAACAACGAGGAUAUCUCUUUUCCAAGCUUAGAAAUGAUUUUUGAGAAGAUCCUCCAUGAGCCAAUUGAACAGAAAUCCUGGGUGGGGACUUUGUCUGCUGACAACCGUGACGAUUGGGCUAAGGCUAGAAAUGCACUCAUAGAAUUAGACGAACGCAACAAAACAUCGAUCGAGACUAUCGAAGCAGCCGCAUUCAUUGUUUGUCUCGAUGACGCAACACCAGAGGCUCCCUCACAGCGAUUCUCCCAAUUUCUCUUCGGAAAUGGCUCAAGCAGAUGGUAUGAUAAAUCACUACAAUUUGUCGUUUGUAAGAACGGCAUUUCAGCUUCGGUUUGUGAGCAUUCCGUACUAGAUGGUAUCACGGUGGAGUAUCUUCAUGAAUUUAUAAACAAGGCAAUCAUCGAGCAUCAAUCGUCUUCACAUAUUAAAGGAGUGAUCGCUUCCGAAAGUUUCGCUACGUAUACAUUUGAACUGUUACAUCUAUCCACCAACAGCGCACUCGAGUACCGCACGCAACAAGUACACCAAAAUCUUCAGCAAACCACAUCCAAAUACACAUUUGCGCAUUUAGAUCUCACAAGUCUCAGCCUCAACUUCCUUUCCCAAAAGGGAAUCCCAACCCAAUCGGGCAUCCAGCUCGCCCUCCAACUAGCCUACCUUCGUUUCUUCGCCCACAGUCCACCCGCCCUCGAAACCGUCUCCCUCGCGCAAUUUCGCCAAGGAAGAGUCGAAGUCCACCAUAUCAUCACACCUCUCAUGGCCCAAUUCCUCAUCACCAAUAAACACGCUGUGAAUAUUCACUCGCGGGAUUUACUCUACGCGGCCGCGAAAGAACAUGCGAAAUCGCUUACGCGAGCGAGUAAGGGGCGGGGAUUCAGUCGGCAUUUGUUGGCCAUGGAAUGGAUGGUGAGAGAGGGAGAGAAAAUUCCUGCGUUUUUCCACGAUCCGGUUUAUGCGAGGAUGAAGCCGGAAAAGGUGCUGACGAGUUGUUUUACGACGGGAUGGCAGGAGGGUGGCUUUGUGUAUCCGUUUCCAGGGAGUGUUUUGGUGUAUUUUGAGGUUAGGGAUGAAUCGACUUCGGUUUCGAUUUUUGGUAAUGAUGCGGACGCGGAGAAUUUCAAGAGACUUCUUGUGGUUGCGGGGGAUCAGAUACAGAGUUUGCUUGAUGGUAGUUGA